CGGUGGUCGUUCUACGGUUUCGGUUCGGGGUCGCGUGUAGUCCGUGCCUGUGCGAAGAUCGAACAGAUUUUCCAACGGCGCCGGGGCCAUCUGCUACGCAACGUUUAGUUAUUUUUUUCAGUUUCAAUUUAUUAGUAGUUUCUGUUACUUUCCAAUUUCCGGUCCGUUUCGUCUCUUUUACCGUGUUGCAAAUGUCCGACAGUGUCCGACAAGCGUGCAGCAUGCGCUAGCGGGCAGGAUCGAUAUUCGGUCGCGGAAUAUCGGCCGUACGGCUGCGAUCAUGCAAAGUGUUAGUUAAUCUAAUCGUAUUUGACACCCGACACCCCGGUGGGUUGUGUUCGCCAGUGGUUAAAAGGUGGUUGGGAAAACCCCGUCGCCAGUUUGCUUGUUCGUUCCGGCUGGUACGUCCUUUUCCCGGCAGUGGAGCGUCGGGUUAGUUGAGUGCUCGGAAUGUGUGCGGCUGCCCCGGUGUCACUGCUUGAUGUGCGCGAAUCGAUAAACAUUAAUCCCUAGUGCUUCGAGCUGUGCCGUAGUUAUCUAACUCGAUAAUGGGAGAUUGCGUUGGACGGGCAGGGAACCACAACGAUAGUAACGCCAGCCGGAACAGCACCUCGCCACUGAUCGUACUGCCGAACGGUGUGAUUCUGAACCGACGCGCCAAGUCGGAUGCAGCGGCCGCCCUGAACGAGUGCUUACUGUGCUGGAACCAACCGCAAGAUCCGAGCCGGUGCCCGAGCUGCGCCCGCCAGUACUGUCUGCAGUGCAUCACCAAGUGGUUCGGUGCGAAGCGAACCCACGCGUCCGGCGGUAUCGACUGUCCGAACUGCCACUCCAAGCUGCCACUCGAGAACCUGGUGCAGUGUGCGUCCGAGGUGCAUGAUACGCUGGCAGCCGCUGCAUGUGAACCGGCGCCACUGCUCACCAACGGAGCCGGUGCUGACGUCUGCAAUGGGUCGGCGGGGGUUAAGCUGAGCAACGGGAUAGCCGCGACCGGGGAAAAGGGCACGAUUCGCGUUGUGGUGAAGGUGCUGGAAAGCGAUGCCGAUGCGCCACCGCAAGACGGACAGCGAUCGUCUCCACCGGCGAACGGUGCGAUGCUCACGAACGGUUCCAGCUCGGAGAAGAUGCAUUCGCCGGUGACGAAUGGUAAGCAGCAUGGCAAACGAAAAGAUAACGCCACAGUCUCGGCAAAACCGCACCCGGAUUCGUCACUCGCGAACGGGACGGAUGGGGACGCGGCUGUACAGUUGAGGAAGCCCGGAUCCGGACCAUUGGAAAAUGGACGAAACAGACCCAAGCCACAGCCGAUCAUGUGCAACGGUGUGCACGUACCCGAACCGAGCGACCCGUCAAAGGGUGCCGAUCGCAAGAGCAAUCACACCAAUGGUAGGCCCACGGUAACGUUCGAGGAACCGAAGUCGACACGUAGAAACGGGUACCGUCACAAACAUGCGGCCGAGAGUGAAAAGCCCGUAUCCGGUAAAAAGCAAACCUCACCACCGGUAGAGCUAACCCGGACGGUCUCACCGAGCGACAGUCCAUGUGCAAGUCCGGAAAAGGUUCCACAGGAAGAUGGGCAUAGGGGGAGUGGUGAUAGCCUCUGCCCAACGCACGCUCUUCCAAUGCUCUUCUUCUGCCUCUCGUGCAAUGGGUGUAUCUGCGAGACGUGUGCCCUGCACGACGAUACGCACGCCGAGCACACGUUCAAGAAAAUCACCACCAUGUACGACAGCAAGGUGGAGAAGAUCCGGCACGAGUUUGGUGGCAUCAAGGAUUAUCUGGCCGAGGUGGGCACCGUACUCAGAGCGAUCGAGCAAAACAUUGACUGGGUCCGGGCAUCCAAGGCACGGAAGCUCCAGGAACUGAGCCAACUGCUCCACACGGAGGCGGAAAACAUUGAGCGACAGAUCCAGGCAAAGCUGACACUGCUCCAGCGGCAGAAGGACGCGGUGAGUGCGGAGAUUGCUCGCGUUACCGGCGCCUACCGACGGUUGGAGAGUGAGCUGAAGGUGUGUCCGAAGCCGGAACUACUCUUCAAAGACGAUGACUUUCUGCAGCGCUGCAGUCGGCUCAUUGAAACGCCCGCCUCGAAAGCCUUCCGCCACGAGCACGUCCCGGUGGAUCUGGAUUGUGAGUUUGUGCCCGAGUUCCGGUCGGAGGUGUUCGUCAUCAAGAACUAUCACGCGAUCGAACCGAUGGAAGAGUGUCGCACCUCGGACGUGCUGCGCGAUGUGGUCGGAUUCGGGUGGCGUUUGCAUAUCUGGAAGAGUGAUCAUCUAUCGGUGACCCUGAUCAUGACGGACGGUGUUAUUGGAAGAUACGAGUACUGCAUCGAGCUGAUGCACGAGGAUCCAGCCAAAGCGAUCAGACUGACGCAGAUCGACCAUUUCGAGCUGCACCAGACGGGCCCGGUCCAUGAUCUGAUCGAGAACGAGCAGCUCGAGGUGGAAGGUUUCCUGCAUCCCGAGGAUGACUCACUGCAGAUCAAGUUCUCCGUCCGUCCGCCCACGAUCGUCAUGGUUAGCCGAUACCAGCAAGAGUUUAUCGAUCGCUUCAUGAAAGAUAACAUCAACGAAUACGAUAGCAAUGUGAUCACGAUCUGCAACAUUCGCGAUCCCACUACCUCGAUCGUACUGUCGAAACAGUACACCGACACGGUUGGAUCCCGGUGGCGGCUGAACGUGUAUCCGAAGGGGAACAACACCAACCAACGAUAUCUGAGUACGUACGUCGAGCUGUGUGAUGGUAUUGCUGGAAGAUAUCAGUACACAGUGGAGCUGCUGCACGACGAUGUGACGCGCCAGGUAAAGUUCCAGUCGGAGGAUCACUUCACGGUGGGCGAAAUUCGUGGCUACCAGAAGUUUAUCCGCGUGCGAAGACUGCUCGAGGAGGGUUAUCUGAACGAGGAAGGAUCCAUUCUGAUUCGUCUAUCGAUACGACCGGCCAAUCUGGCGCUACGGUGCCAAUAUCAGGAGGAAUACCAAACGCUUAAGGAGGAGAAAAUUCGUACCCAGUUCAAUACCCAAUUGAACCAAAACCUGAUGAGGAUAAAGAGUUUACGCGACGACAACGCAUCACUGCAAUCCCUCGUGUAUCCCGAGUAUGCGUCCAACAUCUUUGUGGUGCGCAACUUCACCGCGAUGCGGGAAGCACAGGAGGACAUCUGCUCCGACAAUGCGUACGACGAUCUUGGCUGCUGCUGGCGGCUGAUCGUGUACGCCAACGGUGAUAAGGAGGGGCGUGAUGAAUGGCUGAGCGUGUACCUGAGACUGCUAGAAGGCAUUCCGGGAAGCUACGAGUACUGCGUGGAGCUGUUACACAACGAUGCGGCAAAAACGGUCAAAAUGGAAGGAACACAAUCGUUCGACAUCCAGGAACGGUUCGGCUGGACCCGCUUUGCCCGACUGGACUGGAUCUGUGCGAAUGGGUUCGUGAGCGAGGAGCAGGACGCGCUGUACUUUCGAUUCUCGCUACGGCCACCGAACUACAAGGCAAAGUGCGAGUACCAUCAUCUUCUGCGGCUGGAAGCGAAGCGAGAGUGUGAGCUACUGAAACGUGAGCUAAUACCGGCAUAUAGUACGAUGACGUACACGCUACGCAACUUUUCCGAGAUGCAGCGCAAGGACAGCUUCGUCUAUUCGGAUCCUCUAGUAGACGAUCUAGGGUUCUCCUGGAGACUAUUGAUCUACGCGAAUGGACAUAACGAAGCCCGCGGCAACCAUCUCAGCGUCUAUCUCAUACUGUUCGAAGGUGUAUCGGCUAGCAGGUUCGAGUAUCGGGUGGAGCUGCUACAUCAUCGAAACCCAACCGCAAACAUCAAAAUGGAGGGUGUCAACGUGUUCAAGCUGAAGAAGAUCUGGGGCUGGCCACAGUUUAUGGACCACGAGCGGCUACAGGAGGAAGGCUAUCUGGACCAGUCGACGGACACGCUCGAGUUCCGCCUGUCGAUGUGCCCGCCGGACAUUAAGCUGAAGUGUGAAUAUCAGCAGGAGUUUAUACGCAAGCUGAAGGAGAAUCAGAAAUAGUGGAUUAAAGCCGACGUCCGCUCUGGGCUCGGGACCACAGAACAGUAACUGCCAAUCGUGUCAGUAACCGCACAGGGAGGACAUGUUGGAACAUGUACGCCAGCGGGAAAACAAGCUUGAGUGUCACGGGUUGUGUGUGCGUGUGUGUGUGGAAGAACGAAACUGUGCGAAUGAAGGAUACAACACGUUCCUAGUGUCGUUGCACCGGUGGUCGUCGUCCGACACCCAUCCGCGGUGUUGGAGACUGUGCGGAUUUUUAAUAUAAUAUUUGCUUCCGACAGCGUUCACCGUCCGGCGUUCGAGCGUUGAUAUAAAUCAAAGCUAAUGUUCGAAGCAAGGGCAUGAGUGAGAGUGAGAUAGAAAGUUAGGAUGCUCUCGCUACUUGGGGGGAACCAAGGGGGGGAAAUGGUAACCGUUUCUAUAUUUUUAGCAUUAAAAGUGUAAGGAAUUCGAUACGCGACACCGAUGAUGAUGAUGCGGAUGAUACUAUUACUACCACGACAUCACCGGCGAACCAAUCUGACAUGAGCGAGACGGAUCACGAUCAGACACGUGGUUGUAAGACGUUCUAGGUGGGGCCGGCCAAAGAGUGGUCAAAGCAAAGUAAUCAAAACCCCGGAAGAAGCAGCAACCGUGCUUCGGAACGGAACGAAACGAGACGAGAAAAAUGUCACUAAAGAAAACGGGGGGGAAAAUUAAAAACAGUGAACCGAAAUGGCGCAGGCAAAGCUACGAGGCGGUGUUUUAUGUUCCGUUUUUGUGUUUUCGUUUUUUUUUUGUAAUGGGGAGACUUGGGGAUUUGUGCGUAGAAUGUAUAUUAUAUUUAUUUGCUCGGUUUUAGUUUUCGUGGUCACUCCGUUUCGCGCGUCCACUAUCCGUUACCGCGGGCGUAGGUGCGUGUAGUCUUUAUAGGGAGGAUAUGAAAUUUUAGGAUAAGUGUAGACGGCACGGACCGAGUGCCGGAAUGGCAUGGGCACGAAAUGCUUUUUGUGUUUUUAUUUUCAUUAUCGUUUGUAUAGUAUGGUUUAGUUUUUUUUCGGUUGUUGCCACCGUCUCGCGUUGGGAUGCUGGUAGAAGUGUACUGUGUGAAAAAAUGGCGUCCGGCAGUAGUAGUCUGCAGAACGUUGUGUCUUUUUGUUUCGAUUUUUCUUUAUCUCUUUUGCUGUUUAUACAAUGCGAUACCCAAUGGCCAAAUAGGGGGGGCCAGGCCAGGUGGUUGUAACGUUAUGAACUUAUGAUUUUGCGUUCUAUCCACGUUUAUGUGUUCUUGCGCGGCUCGGAACGAAUGUGUUUCGGCGCCAAAUGGGGUGUGGGUUAUAAAUGGGGUAGAUUUUUUUUAUUUAGUUUUCUUAUUACAAUUGUGCACCAUGGCAGAUCGACUUUCAUUGCUCGUGUGAACGAGUGCAAAAAUACAAUAAAAGAACAUUUUGCAAAAAUGG